AUGUCAUUACUUCGAACAUGCCUCAACAGUAGGCGGGUGUUAAUUCCUAGGAUUCAUCUUUCUUGUGUUAGAUUCAACAGCUCUAUCACAACGUCUCCAGCAUCUGACUCCAAAUCCACCAUCCAAAAAUCCCUCUUCGCCCAAAUAUACCCCGUUGACAAAGACAAGAUAACCGAACAAGAUGUUGACAAAUGGAUAGAUGCUUUGAAACAAUUACGUAAGGGUAAAAAGACUCACGAAACUCCUGAAGAAAUCUACCUUGGACAACUUGCACAACCAGAACAAUUUAUCACGAACAAGUUUGAACCAACGUUGGAGCAAAUUGAAGAAACUUAUUCCUACUCCAACAAACAAGUUCCUUUGAAAUCCGACCCAACUGUUGACAAUUUUAUCAACUUGGUUAUGAGACAUGGCCGUAAAGCCAGGGCGCAAAAGAUUGUCAGUCGGGCCUUUUAUAUUGUGCAAAUGAAAUUGCGUAAAGAUCCAAUUCAAGUGUUGAAGGAUACUUUGGAUAAGUUGGGUCCAUUGGUGACAACAAAGUCUAUAUCCACAGGUGUUGCAAAGAGAAGAAUCGUACCAAUUCCAUUGAAUGAAAGACAAAGAAAUAGGUAUGCUAUAACUUGGAUAUUGGAAGCUUCAAAGAAUAGAAAGUCUAAUGAUUUUGCCGUGAGGUUGGCCGAAGAGUUGAUAAAUGCAUACGAAGGAAAGUCGUCUGGGUAUGACAAGAAGGCACAAAUGCAUAAACAAGCAACUCAACAAAGAGCAUAUAUAAGUUUGUAA